CUGGGUUUGUGGAGGAAUUCUCAGUGGAGGUGAGCUAGGGAACAUAGGAGUACUGCACUAAGGCAAACAGUGCAGCGUGCACAGAGAGGAAAGCUGGAGGGUGAUAUGGGAGCCGCGGAAUCAUCUGAUGAUUUUGCUGCAAUGGAUAACAGCCAAUGGUACCAGAAAUUUAUGAAGACGUGCCCCUCCGGGCAACUGUCUCUCUAUGAGUUUAAGUCAAUACUGGGUUUACGUGAUAUGAGCCCUCAGGCAAACAUGUAUGUUGAACGGGUGUUUCACAUCUUUGACUUGAAUGAGGAUGGAUUUAUAGACUUCUUGGAGUUCAUAGCUGCAAUAAACUUGGUUAUACGAGGGAAAAUUGACCAAAAAUUGAAAUGGUAUUUUAAGCUAUACGAUGCUGAUGGAAAUGGAUGUAUUGACAAAAAAGAACUAUUAAGCAUAUUCACGGCUAUCCAGGCUAUUAAUGGCUACACCAGCAUGUCUCCUGAAGAGUUCACAAACAUGGUAUUUCAGAAGAUAGAUGUGAACAAUGACGGGGAACUGACUUUAGAAGAGUUUAUCACUGGUGUGGAAAAAGACGAGGGACUAAUGGAAUUGAUUACGAAAACUUUCGACCUUUCCAACGUACUCAAAGUCAUACAGAGCGGCAGGAGACACAGCAUGUGAAGGAUCCUAUGGUGGAUGUAGCAUCUGUGGUACCAUUUCAAGGAAGAUAAUAUUUGAUACAUUCAGAGUAUCUGACAAUUUUUACUCUUGACUCCAUAACUCUCUUUUACUUUCCUUUAUUCUUUCCUUUGCUAAUGACUAUGGCAGUCACUGAACACAAAUCUUUGCCCACAUAUAAUAGAAUAGCUAUCUGAUGCACUAGAAAUAACUUAUUUGGUCUCUAUGAACACUGUUCAGACUAAUGAUUAAAAUAAUAAAAAUAUUGUAAAAU